UUGGGCUAAGUAAAUACAAUUCAUUUUAUUUUAUUUUUUCAUUAAAAAAAAUUCAGAUAUGAUUCAGGAUACGAUUUAAAACGUCGUACACUACAAGUACACGUGCAUAGAAACCUACUCAAUCAUAGUUACGUGAGUAAAUGAAACUAAUUACUUUCCACCGCUGCAUUUUUUUGAUAUUAUGUUUUUGUUAGCUGAUUGAAUUUCCCCGACACUACAUAUUUCUGAGUCCAGAGGACGUACGUGAACGUACCACCCGGAUGUGCGCAACCUCGUCCUGCGGAAGUAAACAAUCCUGAGCUGACGUGGAGCAGGAAAACUAGACCAACCUGAUCCAGAUCCACGGGUCUGGAGAGACGUCCGUGGUCUGUAGGUCUGUGUGACUUCAUCUCAAGUGAAUCUGAGUCUCUGUCGGUGUCGUUUUUGAUUCCGCAGUGACCGACGCUCCGGUACGAGAAGCUUCCCCUGCGCUCUAAGAUGGCGGAGGAGGCCAGCAGGCCGUUCGCCGGACUCUCCGACGUCUCCAUCCCGGAGGACAUCCCGGUGGAGGGAGACAUCUCCGUGCCCGUCGGCGCCUCCAGGCGGGACGACGAGUACUCGACGCUGGACGAGCCGGUGAAGGAGACCAUCCUGCGGGACCUGCGGGCGGUGGGGAAGAAGUUCAUCCACGUCCUGUACCCGAAGCGGAGCUCGGCUCUGCUGCGGGACUGGGACCUGUGGGGCCCGCUGCUGCUCUGCGUCACCCUGGCUCUGCUGCUGCAGGGCGGCGCGGCCGACAGCGACGACCAGGGAGGACCGCAGUUCGCCGAGGUCUUCGUCAUCAUCUGGUUCGGCUCCAUCGUCAUCACCCUCAACUCUAAGCUGCUGGGCGGCACCAUCUCCUUCUUCCAGAGCCUCUGUGUGUUGGGAUACUGCAUCAUGCCUCUGACCGUGGCCAUGGCCGUGUGCCGGAUCGUCCUGAUCGGCGGCUCGGGGACGGUCAGCUUCGCCGUGCGGCUGGUGGUGGUGACGGCGUCGUUCGGCUGGUCCACCUUCGCGUCCACGGCCUUCCUCGCCGACAGCCAGCCUCCCAACCGCAAGGCACUGGUGGUGUACCCGGUGUUCCUCUUCUACUUUGUGAUCGGGUGGAUGAUCCUGACGUUCUCGCCCUCGCAGUAGAGAACGACGCUAAAGGACCAGAUUGUACUGGUUUAACUGUCAAAGAAACACCAGAAUCUGCCUUUGAACGACUACUGACGUGACUGUGAGUGAACCUGAGCUUCACGGACAAUAAUUAUUAGAUGAGCUCAGAUUCACACGUGUAGAGUGGAAAAGCUGUGUAAAAUAAAGUCCAGAUAUGUGUAUAUAGAAAUUCUCUAUGAAUGUUAAAUGUGAUGGUUUGUCUCUGCCUCCUCCUCCUGGUUUCUGGGGUUUGAACGUUUCCAUUAAUGCAUUACAUUCAGAAAUAUUUUAGAUUUACAUUUGACUGUAUCUGAUGAUGAUUUCAUUAUUUCAGGGGCCAUUGUUUUGUUAAAAUACACAAAUGAAGGGUAAUGUGAGGACAGAGAAAGGUGGGGAUUACAGUCAGGGCCCUCUUUGGGUUUUUUUUAAAGUGAUAGUUCAGGAUUUAUGAAGGGUGGUUGUAUGAAUGUCUUGCAUACAGUUUAUACUGCACUUUGUGCUCUUACUUUGUUGAGAAACAGCUGGAAAGGAAAGAGGAGGUUUUAGCCAUUUAACAAAACGCUCAUCUCCAUAAAAUCAGCAUCAGAUUAAGUCUACGACUUCACAUCUUUAUCUCACUGUUAGACAGACAGAAAACUGAAGUUCAUAAACCACUCACUCUCCCACACCAAAGCCCAUAGAGAAAAUCAGUGAUUUUGGCAUACGGGGACACAGGAGCGGCUGAUCUCAUGAUGCAAGUAUGUUCUGAACAUGUUAGACACUGAAGCUGAUGUAGAUUUUUCCUUUACACGGCAGCCAUUUUAGGGCAUGUUUAGUGUUGAAAAAGCCCAGAAUGCAUUGCAUUGGGAUUUUUUUUGCAUCAGAGAAUCACAUGUCAUCUUCAGUUUUUCUGUGUCACACGUGGAAAACAACAUCCAUGCUGUUCUUUUAAACCUUUGACCCCCCGCUGGUUCACCAGAUAACUGUCGCUGUCUUUUAAUUUAUGUGUAUGUAUUCAUUCACAUGGUCGAGUGGAAGAAAGAUUAAAAAGUGAUGGAUCUGCAGAGA